GAUUAGAUCAAGCACUCCAAAUCUCAAUUCAUGAUCAACAUUUCUCCAACAUCAAACCCAAUCAUGAAAUCAAUCAAUUUAUCAACAACAUCAUUGCUCUCAAAGAUGUUCCUCUCAACACUGAAGAAAAAAGACAGACUAAUAUUUCUGAUAACACGAGGUCACUUAUGCUACGUCCUUGGAAUCAAACAAACCUUAAUAACUCUCACAAUACUUCCAUUGACAAUUCUUUAAACUCAAUCUCAUCUAUUCGUAAUGCAGUCACUUCACUUAGAAAUGAUAUCAACAACAUCAUGGCAAAAUUUCAACAACUCGACUCCAAGCUAGAUAAAAUUCUCAACACUCUCACCACUCAAACACCAAGCUCAAAAACUUCUACUCACACACAAUUUGAUGAUACAACUGUCUCACAUAAUCAUAACAACAACAUCAAUGACAUGUUCAUGCAGAAUGACGAACUCAUUGACAACACCAUCAAUACUCCUUACAAAACUCUUCACUUUGAUAAGCUCAUCAAUCAACUACAUCAAAAAGAUGUCACAAUCAACGAACUCACAAAUCAAAAAUAA